AUGCGGGGAGUCCGCCUCAACGCCUCCGAAUGUGUGAUGUAUAAAAGUUGCCGAAGACCAAGAACUAUUCACGAUAUUGUGAAUUCGAAUGCUGUAAAAAUGACCGUCAACGGAGUGAAUACCCUCACCAACUAUGUGGCCUACGUGGAGCCUCACAGCGGCCCCCGAAUUGGCCAUCUUGACUUCGAGAGCUCGACUGUCACCCCGCUUUCCUUCAAAUCUGGCACUCCAUUGACAGAUCUAUACCAAGUGAUCACAGUUGGUGAAGAAGGAAUUACAGCAUCUGGCGCACAACCCUUCCCUCUUUCCAGCGCCAAGCACCUCCCCCCAAUUUCGGGUCGAGAUGUGCUCGCUGUUGGGAAGAAUUAUGUCGAACAUGCGCGGGAGUUCAAUUCCUCUGGCUACGAUGCUAGUGAUAAGACAGACCAACCGACGCACCCGGUGAUUUUCACCAAGCGCGCCACUUCCAUCAUUGGCCCCGAAGACCCUAUUCUGCUGCACCCAAACUUCACCAGCACACCCGACUACGAGGGUGAGAUCGGCGUGAUCAUCGGCAAGCCGGGUUUCCAAAUCUCGGAGGAGAAUGCCUUGGAACACGUUUGGGGUUAUACCAUCAUCAAUGAUAUGACUGCUCGAGAGCGUCAACGCGACCACAAGCAAUUCUUCCUUGGCAAAUCCCCGGAUACUUUCUGUCCAAUUGGACCCAUUGCUGUUCCCAAGGAAAGACUUCCUGAGAACCUGAAGAUUCAAACCUUUGUCAAUGGAGAAAAACGCCAGGAGGCCACUCUGAACGAUCUCAUCUUCAGCGUUCCUACCCUUAUCGCGACCAUUAGCGCCGGUCAGACAUUGCAAGCCGGAGAUGUCCUUGCCACCGGUACCCCUGCAGGUGUUGGCUUUGGGUUCAGACCUAUGAAGUUCUUGCAGACCGGAGAUGAAAUCAGUAUCUCCGUGACAGGACUAGGAACCCUGACAAACCGAGUUGCCGCCCUUGAUGCUGUCAACAACACCUCCGAGCGCGCCGCCUCUCACAUUCCUGUUGCCAAUCAAAAAUCACCAGCCAAUGCCGGAUUAACAAAUAUCAACGGCAAGAAUCUCUUCUAUCAACGACUCGGUGUUGAAACAGGUCCCCCGGUCUUCUUUAUUCAUGGCCUGGGUGGAUCCACAAGUUACUUCCAUCCCCUUGUCGCAAAGCUUCAGUCGACACAUUCUUUGCAUCUUCUAGACCUAGAAGGACAUGGUUUGUCUCCAACAUCGGCCCUCAGCACCCUUUCCAUCGCCUCAUUUGCGGAGGACUUCUACCAGAUGUCCCAAGUUGCUGGGGUGAGCGAGAAGGUGACCGUAAUUGCUCACUCGAUGGGCUCUCUCGUUGCCCUCAAGCUUGCCCUACAGCAUCCAGAGCUUGUUUCCAAGCUCAUCCUGAUGGGCCCUCCUCCAAACCCACUGCCGGAAGCCGGCGUUCAAGGAUCUUAUGCCCGGGCUGCCCUUGUUCGAAAGCAGGGAAUGUCGGUGGUUGUGGAUGCAAUCACACAAGCUGGAACGUCUGCCUUCGUUCAAGAGAAUAACUUGUUAGCUGUUGCUGCAGUGCGCACUUCUCUUCUUGGUCAAGACGCUGAGGGAUAUGCCAAGGCGUGUGCAGCACUUGCUGGAUCCGCCACCGAGGUAUUAGACGUCGCGAGCUUGCGUAUCCCGGUGUCCUUUGUGACCGGUGAGGAGGAUAAGGUCAGCCCCCCAGCUCUCUGUGAGAAGUAUUCUCAAGCAACAGGGGGUGGGAAUGUUCAGGUUCUCAAGAAUGUGGGGCAUUGGCAUCUGUUCGAAGAUGUGGAUCAAACCGUGAAGGCGGUUCUGGCGCAGAUCUGA